CUUCAUUCCCCUUAGUUUUACAAUUUUAUAGUUUUGAUUGAAUUUUCUUCUUACGGCUUUAUAUAUCAUAUUUCAUAAUAUAUCUUUCCUAUAAUCAUACAAUUCAACAUGGUAUUUGGAAUAGACUUAGAAAAAAGCAGUAAUAGCAAAAGCAAUUCUUCAGAAAAUGAUUUAGCUUCUGUCAUCAGUAGACAUACGGAAGAUUAUGAUCUUUACGUGGCUAAAUCAAAUCCAUCAUGCAUAAAUCAAAAGGAAGGUCAUCAACUUAGAAAAGGUCUUGAUUCCCGUCAUACUACUAUGAUUGCCAUUGGUGGUGCUUUGGGUACUGGUUUACUUAUUGGUACUGGGUCUGCUUUAAAACAAGCUGGGCCUGGGGCUAUUUUUAUAGCUUAUGCCUUCAUUGGUAUGGUAGUUUUUAUGGUUAUGAGUGGGUUAGGUGAAGUUGCUACUUUCGUCCCAUUGAAUGGGUUCGCUAAUUACGCUCAAAGAUAUGUCGAUGAUGCUCUUGGCUUUGCUUGUGGUUACGUCUAUUUAUUUAAAUAUUUAAUUUUACCAGCUAAUCAAUUGGUUGCAGGUUCAUUAACAGUGCAAUAUUGGGUGAGUAAAGAAACUUUAAAUCCAGGGGUCUGGAUUACAAUCUUUUUAGCUAUUAUCUUAGCUAUUAAUCUUUUAGGUAUUAGGUUUUUCGGGGAAAUUGAAUUUUAUUUAUCUGCUUUAAAAGUGAUAACAUGUUUAGGGGUUAUUAUUCUUAUGUUUAUUAUUGCUUUAGGUGGUGGUCCAACUCAUGAAAGAUUAGGUUUUAGAUUCUGGAAAGAUCCAGGUGCUUUCUUAGAAUAUAAAGAUUCUUCCAAAGAUUUAUUAAUUGAAGGUUCAUUAGGUAAAUUUGUGUCAUUCAUUUCAGUCUUAAUUACUGCUGUUUUCGCUUAUUUAGGUACUGAAUUAGUUGGUAUUACAUUUUCUGAAACCAGAAAUCCAAGAAGAUCCAUUCCAAAAGCUAUUAAAUUAACUUUCUACCGUAUUCUUGUGUUUUACAUCUUAUCUAUUUUAUUCCUUGGUAUGUGUGUUUCUGCUACUGAUCCAUUAUUAUUAACUGCCUCAGGUAAUUCAGCAAGUGCAUCUCCUUUCGUUAUUGCUAUCAAAAACGCUAGAAUUAAUGGUUUAGAUCACGUCAUUAAUGGCUGUAUCUUAUUAUUCGUUCUUUCAGCUGCUAAUUCUGAUAUGUACGUUUGUUCAAGAACUGUCUAUUCUUUAGCCGUUGCUGGUUACGCACCAAAGAUUUUCACUAAGACUAGUAAAAGAGGUGUUCCAUAUUACGGUAUUGCUUUAAAUUUUGCUUUCACUUUAUUAGCAUAUAUGACAGUUUCAAGUAGUGCCGCUCAAGUCUUCACUUAUUUUGUUAACGUGGUCAGUUUAACUGGUUUAAUUGCUUGGUCAUGUAUUUUAGUCAUUCAUAUUAGAUUUAUGGCUGCUUGUAAAGCUCAAGGUAUUGAUAGAACUAGAGAUUUAGCCUAUAAAUCUCCUUUACAACCUUAUGGUUCAUAUUUCGCUUUGACUGUUUGUGUGUUAGUUAUCUUCCUUAAGAACUUUACUGUAUUCCUUGGAAAACCAUUCACUUAUAAAUCAUUCAUUACUGGUUAUAUUGUUUUACCAGUAUUCCUCAUCAUGUAUUUUGGUUAUAAAUUUUAUUUCAAAACUUCAAUUAUCCCAUCUUCGGAAGUUGAUUUAGUAACUUUCAAAGAUGUCAUUGACGAAGAAGCUGAAAGAUAUGCCGCUGAAGAUGCUGAAAAGCAAGCCAUUAAACAAGCUGAAGGUAAGACAUUCGAUAAAGCUUGGUUCUAUGAUAAAUGUAUUGGUUGGUUAUUCUAAUCAAAACAAAUUGUAUAUCUAUUCUUGUAUAGUUUUAAUAUUACGGAUAAUUUUUAAUGAA